ACAUGAACAAGGUUAGGUAAAAAGUUGAGUUAGGCUAAAUUAUUGCCGUACCUACGUACGCUACACGUACAAUAACUUAAUGUUUUAUUAUAUAAGCGUACAAUAGCAAAAAUAUGGUAUCCUAUGUGAAUUAUCAAUUAAAUAAAGUGUGUAAAAAUAUAAUUUAAUUUAAGAAAUUGAUGAACAUAAAUCGUUAUCUGAAAAUGAUUGCCAUGGCAAUUAAGUACGGAGGAAUACAAACAAAACUAAAUUAUUUUGUAAAUGUUAGUUAUUAGCCCUUUCUUAGAUAUUGUGCUGUGAAUUAUAAAUAUAAUGCUUAGCGAUUCCAAAUAAAAGAUGUCAGAAAUUAUAGAACUACAUUCUUAUGGUGACAUAGCGGCGGCUACGAAUUCCGAUGAGUAUCAAGAAAUUGAUAUUUCUAAAGGAAACAAUGUUAAUCCGAAAAUCAUUAUCGACGAUCAUUCAGAAAGAGAUUUUUUCAUAAAAAUGGAUGCAAAUUCUUUAAAAAAGCCUCGGGUAAAACACAAAAUAUCAAAGAAAGGGACUUCAAAUAUUAUGGACUUCAUAACUUCUGAAAUAAUAUCGAAUUCUGAUAUUUUGGAGAAAAACAUUGUAAAUAUUGAAGAAUUGGAUGAGGAGGAAAAGUCCUACCUACAGAAGUCGUCGAGAGCAUUAUCGAUGUUGCCAGUUAAGCGUCGUUUUAUAGAUCUUGAAUAUGGUUCCAAGAGAUACGAAAUAAAUCCUACACUGUCUGGUGUUAAUGUAAAUACUGACUCUCAGAAGCAUUCUCUUGCUGAGUACACCGAGCCUCGCUAUUUCGAUGAUAUUGUUAUUGACUACGACAUUUGCGAAACAAGACGGAAAUCAAAAUACUUGGACCUCUCUAUAAAAUAUUUGAAAUUUACACAUCACCAUAACUUUUCUCUUGAGGAGCUUUUGGUAUCUAAAUUAGAAGAAUUAUAUUCAGAAUAUAUUCAGAUAGCAGAGUCUCUUAAAGACUUAUUACUCAACAUAGAAGUGGCUCGAAGAACUAGGGAUAGCUUGAAACAGAAAUUCCUAAAAAUAAGUCCUAAGAAGAAAGACAACACCAAAUACGAUCCUAUUAUACAAAAAUAUACAAAGUCCUUAUUGGAUAACAAAGAUAAUUAUUUUAAAAAGUUGAAAGAGAAACGAAAAUUAUCAAAUAGUAUUUCUUCUAUAUGGUCAGAUAUAAGUUUGGUAAGAGAUAAAUUCAAAAACGUGCAAACACCGCAUGUAUUAAAAAUAGAUAAUAUUUCACUAAAUGAUCAAGAGAUAUCAAACAAAUGGAACGAUUUAUUUGAGUUGGAGUACUCAGAUAUCCUCACCAAAUUGGAGUAUGACUAUGUUAAAAAAUAUAUUGAGUAUACAUCGCAAUAUACCCAAACUGAAAAGGAAAGGAGUAAAGUUAGAAAACCCAAAAUUCAAAUAAAUCCUGAAGAAAUUAAAGAAAAAGCCCAGGAAACCGUUAAUUUCAUAUUAGCGUGUGAAACUAAUAUGACACUGCACUAUGAUGAAACGAUUCUUAGGAAUAUACUUAAAAACAAACAUAAAGAUUCCAAAAAAAAUUACUUUAAAGUAUACGUUGAUAACUUCUUCGUGUGUAUCAGUGACGUUUUUGCAAUUGAUAACUAUUGUAAAAAGAAAUUGUUGGAGUCUUUGACCAUUCAGAUAUUGCCAACAAAUAAUAUCCUAUAUAUUAUAUUAUAUGAAAACAACGAAGAAGUGUCAUCAUGCUCAAUCGAUUUAUUAAAUAGGAAGAAAAACAAAAUAGACUUAAUGAAACAUACCCUGAUUUAUGACAAAGUUAUAACACCCGAGCUAGGAAGUGUAGGAAGUGGCUAUACAAUAAAAGAUAUUUUGGCAGUUAAUAAAAUCCGACUAAAAAGUAGUAAUACGUUUGAAGGAAAACUAUUCACGACCUGUAAUGUUCUCAUAAAAGUUAUUUGGAAUGAUAAUUUAAAUGAAAAUCAAAAUGAUUGUAUUAAAGAGCAAAUUAAUACAAAAAUACAUAUUGAACGAAUUAUGCACGGAGUUGAAGAAGGUAAUUUAAACAGUCUUCUCAGAAUUAUAAGUGAUUUGUAUGAUUAUGAAGUAAGUGAUAAUAAUGUAAUCAAUUCAGUGAAGGAAAUUUCAAAAACGAAGCUGGAAUACGAAGAAAUUUUUUCUAUCGAAGAAUGUGCAGAAUUUAUUCGCUACAAAUUGUUACUUUUACGAAAUAGCGGAGCAAAUACAAAUUUAAAGAAUCAAGCUAUUCCCCUAUUUUCAAGUCAAGUAUCAACUGAACAAUUAAAUUGUUUACAAGCAACAGAGACGACUGAAGACGUUGAAUAUAUGAAAAGAAAAAUUGAUGAAAUGGAUCCAAUAGAUACACAAAGAUAUAUAGGCAUUCAGUUUAUUAACAAGCUUAAUGAAAAAAUAUCUAAGGAAUUAAACGAACGUUUGUCAAGCAAGACACAUAAAGAUGUAGUUAAGGAUUUUAAAGACUUAAGCCUAAGGAGUAUUUUUACGUUUACGCCAAAAAUGGUAUUAGCUGAACCAUCUGGUGCAGUGUUGAAGCAUCAGAUGGAAGAGCGGCUCGCGACCGAGCAGGACAUCUACGUGACAGUGCUGCGUGCCUUUAACCUGUAUGAGCGUGGUGCUCUAGCUGACGACGAGCUCCUGGAAAACGACGCUGACAACGACAUAGCAGGUUUUAGAAUGAGAACAUUGAGGCCUUUCGUGAGGAUAAGUUACAAAGACGCGUCGGUUCAGAGCCCAACGGCCGUGGGUUCUCAUCCAACGUGGAACUUUACCGUCAGAAUGAACACCAAGCUGAAGCCACUGUGCUCACUGCACGUGAAUAUAUACGACGAGCACAAAGUUAGCGUGACUGAAGAAGACACCGAAAGACAAACAUUCGUGUAUAGAAGCUGCAACAGGUGGCUGGGCACACUGUCAGUUCCAAUACACGCGGUGCUUGCCAAUGGCGCGUUACGUGGAACAUUCAAAGUAACAACGCCACCGCAAAUAUUAGGAUAUGAAUCGAGUUCUACAGAAACCUCAUCGAUUAUUCCUGAAAUCAAGCGUCUCAUGAGAAAAGACAGCGCGUUUCUGACUUUGGAGAUCAAGACAUCUCUCUCGGAAUACGGAGGCUGUCAGAUCUACCAACAGCCAUUUCUAGAAUCUGAUCAUGUGAUAAAACAUCUGAACAGUUUUGUCACUGAAUUUAUGAAUGACUUUCCUAAUAGAAACAUAUCUUUGACGUUUGUCGAUAGCUCAGGUAGAAAUAAAUGUGUCACAGAAUUCAUUCAGUCAAUAAGUUUGCCUGGCUCAGAAAACUUUCCACGUGAUCCACAAAGAAUUAGAACAUCGUCAAGAAGUUCUAUUGUAUCUAAGAAUUCUCAGAAAAGAUUUGCUGACGUUGAUUCCAGAGACACUGAAGACAAGGAGAUAACUCUAGAGGAACUUAUGAAUUUUGCACUAAGAUACGUAGCAUUGAUACCUACCUACGAAUUGGUGGACUCUCAUGUUGUCACACUGAAAGGAGUUGAAUUACUCAAAGUUGUAUUCGGCUCUCCGUUGGAUCAUAGCCUACUGCUUGCUAGUUACUUUGUACACUUAGGCAUCAGAGCCUGGGUGGUCAUUGGCUUUAGUUUGCCUCGAGGCAUAAGCAGCUAUGUUCUGGUGAAAUACCGAAAUAAUCACGUGAUAAUGUCGGGUGAAGACGAGUGCGGUGGCGGCUGGUUCAGCAGGAGGGAUGACGUAAGCUUGGCUGUCUUUGACGCGGUCAGCGGCGAACGUCACGAUGUGAGGGAUGUGGGAUGUCCACUGAAGACUGUUCAUUUCGCGUUUGAUUGUGAAAAUAUCUGGGUUAACCAGCAGACGUCGUUGAACUGUGAACACGUUUCGUUCGAAUUUCACAAAUCGUCGCACUGGCGAUCGGUGUUUAAUAAAUCCGUGUUCGUCGUCAAAGAACCUGCCGUGUCCUACGCGUACAGCAGUGCAGUCGACGUGGACAGUCUGAGGACACAUUUGGAAGAGCGGAUCAAGGACAAAGUGCAGAAAUGGCGAUGGAACGUUAAGACUAUUUGGAAUAGAUAUUUAAGUGGGCUUCUGCGGGAAACUCUGCCAAGCUGGGAGUGUUGGAGCUUCCAUCCUAGGGAAGAGAAGCCGACUCCGGGACAACGACUGAAACACCUGAUGACGACCUACAAGAUUUUCGGUUUUCCAUUGAACAUGGCGUACGUGAACACACGCGCUGUGGUGUCCCGAGUGAAGGCCUGCUUGGCGGGCGCGGUGGGGGGCGUAACCGGUGGCGCGGAGCUCGCGCUCGCGGUCGAGGUGUUCUCGUACCCCAACCACGUGGUCAGCGUGUGGGUCUAUCUGGCUGAGGCCACGCUAUCCACACAAACAAUAUAGUCAUUGACAGUUUAUGCAAAA